AUGCUGACAGUAACCUGGCUGUUCCCGUUGUCACCUACAGUUUCAAGUGUAUACUGGAAGAUGAGUGAGAACAAGAGGCUUGACAUAAAAACAAGGAAAUCACUUACCAUCCAAAGAAAGCACCACCCGAACGCAGACGUGAAUAGGAUGUACCUCCCAGGAGAGUCUUGAGAGGUGGUUUCACCAAGUUAGAACUUGAACUGUAUAUACAAAUUAAAGACGAUAGGGCUCAGUGAUGUACACUUAAGAAAACUGAUAAUACUCUACUCCAGUUAGUACUUGAACACGAGACAACAAGAAACUUUAUUCCAUUUAAAAAGAGGCAGAGAGAUUCAGAAGGGAAUUUGAGAAACCAAACCUCGCCUGACAGAGCAGCAAAUGAAGCAGUUACUAAAUUUGCGAAGAGAGUGAAGCAGAAUUCAAAGCAGCAGGCCCAAGAUAUAGAAAUGAGGCAGUGGGAAGAAAAACAACUACACGAAGAUACUCCAAUCGAAUGA